UGUGAUUCUUCGUCGACAAAAUCAGGUUAGGAUUAGAAAGUAGCAGAACCUCAACCCACUACACUUCACACGUUGCUAUUGCUAUCUAGUCACUGUCCACCCAACAGACCAACCAAACCAAACCAACCACCGUGAUCAAUUCUCAACCAAACCCAAAACCCACUUUCACUUUCCCCAACUCACAUUAUAACACCACUCACCACCACACAAACCAAUAAUUCCACAUAACCUAUCAAAUUCAAUGACCACCACCAACACCCCCUCCUCCUCCCUACAACUCACCCUUUCCUCACCUCAAAAAAAACCCCAACCCAUCCCAUGGACCCACCAAGAAACCCUCAACCUCAUCCGAGCCUACCAAGAAAAAUGGUACUCCCUCAAACGUGGCCCGCUCCGCGGCACCCAAUGGGAAGAGGUUGCCGUUGUCGUAGCCGCCCGAUGCGGUUACGAUUACAAUCACCCUUCCAAAACCGCCCUCCAAUGUCGUCAUAAGAUGGAAAAACUCCGUCAGCGUCACCGAUCCGAAAAGCACCGCCUCAUCGCCACUUCCUCCGCUGCCUCUUCCCGAUCCUGGCAGUAUUUCCGUCUCAUGGACGAUCUUGAACGCGGUCCUCUCCCUAUCUCCGCUCGAGCUAUUCCUCACGAGUACAACAACUAUAGCAACGGUGAGAGAGGGAAAAAUCAUCAGAAUCAGAGUGGUAGGUCAAGGAGUAUUCAUAAUAUUCUUCACCAGAAACCCUCGGUGGUUGAUGAUGAUGAUGAUGAGGAGGAAGAGGAAGGAGCGAUGGCGACGGAGUUGACGGCGGAGUUAAGGAGUUUUGCGGAGAGUAUAAUUGGAUUGGAAAAUAUGAAAAUGGAGAUGAUGAAGGAAACAGAGAGGUUUAGGUUAGAGAUGGAGAAUAAGAGGAUGAGAAUGAUACUUGAAUCUCAGUGGAGGAUUAUUGAUUCCAUUGGAAGGGUAUUUGGAUCUUCCUAAAUUUUAGAUUGCACCAUUAAUUAGGGUUUUAUCUCCCAAAUUUGUGUUAAUGUUGUUGUUACUGUAAUCAUAUGUGUUAUUUAAGAUUACAUGCCCUUGUUUUGAA